UAAUUGAGACUCUGGCGUGCCUAUAUAAACCUCGGAUGCACUGCUAGUUUCAGGCUCAGUCUAACCAUGAACGGAGUAACUUAUUUUGUGCUACUUCUUAGCUCCACUUUGUUAGCUCUGGAUGGAGUUCAAAGUAAGCCCAUGGGCAAUGUCAUCGAUUUGGACAAGUAUUUCGAGGAGGCAGAUCUUAAUUCCCAGGAGCGAGUUGUUGGCGGUUACGAUGUGCCAGAGGAUGAAUACGUUCCCUACCAGGUGUCCAUGCAGUUUCUUACUCGUAGUGGAAAGAUGCGACACUUCUGUGGUGGAUCCCUGAUUGCCCCAAAUCGCGUCCUUACCGCUGCCCACUGCGUCAAUGGCCAGAAUGCCAGUCGAAUUAGCGUAGUUGCUGGAAUUAGGGAUCUUAACGAUAGCUCCGGCUUCCGAUCUCAGGUGCAGUCGUACGAGAUGAACGAGAACUACCAGGAGCUGGUGACUAGCGACAUCGCCAUCCUCAAGAUCGAUCCGCCCUUUGAGCUGGACGAAAAGCGUGUGUCCACCAUUGACGUCAGUGGAUCGGACAUGGUAGGAGCCGAUCAGGAGGUUCUCCUCACCGGAUGGGGUUCUGUCUUCCACUUCGGUACAGGUCCCUUCGCCAAAUAUCCCACUGUACUCCAGAAGCUCGACUACAAGACACUGAGCAAUUCCAAGUGCAAGGAGACGAUGACCCAGCUGACGGACACCGAGAUUUGUGCCUUGGAGCGGUUUGGCAAGGGAGCCUGUAAUGGCGAUUCUGGCGGUCCUCUGGUGAUGAAGAGUGGUGAGUCCUAUAAACAGGUGGGCGUCGUCUCCUAUGGAACUGCUUUCUGCGCCUCGAACAACCCUGAUGUCUAUACCAGAGUGUCCAUGUUUGACGGUUGGAUUAAGGAAAGAAUGGCCUAAAUCAAUAUAAGAUACAAAUUGUAAAAACAGCAAUAUCAAUCUCGGAUUUGUUCAAAUAUAUUCUGAGAAACUCUAA